CUGGAGCACCAAUGCACCACCAGCAGUGUAUUAUGAGACUUCAGCAAGGACUCCAGUGAAUCACUGCCUCCAUCGGGUCAACCGUCCAUCAUUAAACAGCAAGUUCCAAAAACAGUUCGGACCACAACCAUAUACUUAAGCGGGAGUACUGUCAGUUCGUUCAGAUCGCUGCUUUAAUUACUGCGAAGGUAAUUACAAGAAGGAGAGGGGAGAGAUGACCGCGGUUCUGGAUAGCCUUGGUUCGGAUAUGCACACAACACACCUUACCUCCAGCAACUUCAGCGCCGUGCACAAGUCUCAGGACUCGCCUACACUGCCGGUGUCCACCGUCACCGACAGCAGUUUCUAUAGCAUUCCUCAGAGCGCAAACUGCGCAGGAACGGCGGCUUACGCGCAGCUCGCCUCCUACUCGUACGCUCAUGGCGGAGGGGUGAGCAGCGGACCCUACAGCCCCAAACCCUAUGACAUGGGCUUCGGCUCUUCAUACGGCGCUUACGGCGCCUACGGACCCGGUUCUUCAUCACCAACUCCUACAGAACCAGAGAAAGACGAGAGCGAGCCGGAGGUGCGCAUGGUGAACGGCAAGCCAAAGAAAGUCCGGAAACCGCGAACCAUCUACUCGAGCUUCCAGCUGGCUGCCCUCCAACGCCGUUUCCAGAAGACACAGUACUUGGCGCUACCGGAGCGCGCAGAGCUCGCAGCCUCACUGGGCCUCACGCAGACUCAGGUGAAGAUCUGGUUUCAGAACCGGCGCUCCAAGUUCAAAAAGUUGUGGAAAAAUGGGGAGAUUCCGCCGGAGCAACACGUGGGCUCAGGUGACUCUCCUCCGGCGUCUCCUCCCCCGCACACCGCCUGGGAUUUCCCCCCGAAUCAACAAGCUGCAGGAGACGGGGACUCUAACACAGAACAGGCCACAGGUCCCCCUAACACCACUGCGCCAUCAUAUUUGUCCAACUAUCCUUGGUACUCAUCCACGAGCGCGCAUUUACAGCCAAGCGCGCUCUCGCAACCCCAUCACAACUCCGCCAUGAGCGCUGGUGCCAUUUUCUAGCCACAGACUCGGGGAUCAGUUGCACCUGUUACAGGACAAUGAACUUGUAGUGCACAUACAAGCACGAGGAAAAGAAAACACACAAACUCCGACAUGCAAUUUGAAUUCUGGUGGUUUUUAUUUUUCUUUUGCUGUGGAUUGCCCUGGCGCUCUCGAGUGCGCUGAACGUGCAACAAACCGACGCACAUUAAAUUAUUUUUCUAUUUAUUUAUUUGUUUUCUCUUUGCAGUCACAGGACAGUGGGAUAAAUCACAUGCCAAGUACACGAAAAAAAAAACGGGUAGCCUUUUAUUGCGUCCAUUGUACAUUUUCCUAUCAGACUAUAUUAGGCCUGCAGAGUAAUCUAUCAUGCUGUUUAUACAACUUGUACUCACAAUAAUAAAAAAAAGGAAAGAAAGAAAACGUGCAUUUUGAUGUCGACCUAGAACUGUGUCUGACUAACUUUAACUUUACAACGUGGCUGCACUGAAAUACAAAUAAACCGCGGAGUGACUGGUGCCGGGUUUUUACUCUUGGUUGGGGGCAGAAAAUAGCUCGGAGCAAUCCCUCCUGUAAAAAAAGAAACAAACAAAAAAAACAAUGACAACUUAAAGACAGAGAAUUGUGGGAAUCAUAUCUCAGUGCCCCCUUAUGUCAAGAGAACCCUCAAGGGACCUGUGAGUAAGUUUUUAUUUUUCAAAUGGGACAGCAUUUAUACAACGCAUGGAAAUUUCCUGGAGAAUCCUUCUCCUGGAGAACAAAAAACACAUUUCAAGUACAGUGCACUCUGAGAAAAUGUGAAAGAUAAUUGUUAUUUUGGGGAAACCUUAUGUAAAAACCCUAAAAUGGAGUGACUUCCUAUUCCUUUUCCAAGCCCUUAACUUUCCAAAGAGUAUUUGAAUGAGCACCAUACAUUGAACAUUACAAUAAUACAUCCCACAAAUGUUUUUGUAGCAUUUAAGGCAAAUGUAC